UUUUGAAGGAUCUGCAUUGGAUUCCCCAGGUGUGGAGAAUGAGGAACUCGUGAAGAACCCCAUUCAUUUUCACACUACAAGCUUCUUCUCCAUUCAGUUGUAUGAUUGCUCCACAAUUGUCUCCGCGUUUAAUUGGGCGUUCAAGAACGCGACUACAAAACAUGUAAAAACAUAGAAGACAUAACGAGCAGAUACCAAGUGUGUGAGUAAUAUUGAUGUAAACCGCGUCGUAUCAACUCCUCACAGCACAGUAAAAGUUUUCGGCGGGACCUGAGCGAGCGGGGCUUGUCUCUGCGUCAGAGAGAGUUCCCUUAUCGAUUGGCUGCUCCCUGUGCAAUGAGGAGGCGUAUAAAAUAGACGCUUUUAAGGAAUUUCACAGACAUUUAGUGGGUUACACGGUGUGGAGGCUGACUGAAAGAUUCUUCCGUACAAUUUUCAGUAAAUCUCAAGUGAAGAACAUGCAGAGCUGCGCUAACUCCUGGCGUGUUGUCAUCAGCAGGUCGAUCAACGCUCGCGCGCCGUACAGGAAUAUCAGCAAUAAAGGGGAUGUUUUUAAGAAACUUCAAGGUUUAAACGCAGAUGUGUCUGCAAAUGUGCGCUGUAUGGGCACCUCACAAGUUUUGUGGUCUAGGAAGAUAGAACGAAUUUUGCCGAGACACGAUGAUUUUUCUGAAAGACACAUUGGACCGGGUGACAAAGAGAAACGAGAGAUGCUCAAUACCCUUGGACUUGAGUCAGUCGCUGAGCUUAUCGAAAACACAGUUCCCGCAUCCAUCCGCCUGGGAAGAAGUUUGAAAAUGGACGAUCCUGUGUGUGAGAAUGAAAUUCUUGAUUCACUUCAAAAGAUUGCGUCGAGGAACAAGAUGUGGAGGUCCUAUAUUGGAAUGGGUUAUUAUAACUGCUCGGUCCCACCAGUCAUACAAAGAAAUCUGCUUGAGAAUUCGGGAUGGGUGACCCAGUACACCCCCUACCAGCCUGAGGUCUCUCAGGGGCGUCUGGAGAGCCUUCUGAAUUAUCAGACCAUGGUCUGUGACAUCACGGGAAUGGCAGUAGCUAAUGCGUCAUUGCUGGAUGAGGGUACUGCUGCUGCUGAGGCCAUGCAGCUCUGCAACAGGCAAAACAAAAGAAGAAUGUUCUACAUUGACCCACGCUGCCAUCCACAGACUGUUGCAGUUGUGCAAACCAGAGCCAAUUACAUUGGUGUAAAGACUCUUCUCAAGCUUCCUCAUGAGAUGGACUUCAGUGGGAAGGAUGUUAGCGGUGUGCUCUUCCAGUAUCCAGACACUGAAGGCAGAGUGGAAGAUUUCACUGCACUUGUUGAUCGGGCUCACAAGGGUUGUGCAUUGGCUUGCUGUGCCACAGACUUACUGGCGCUCUGCGUGUUGCGUCCUCUGAGUGAGUUUGGAGUUGACAUCGCCUUGGGCAGCUCACAGCGCUUCGGAGUGCCUCUCUGCUAUGGUGGGCCUCAUGCUGCAUUCUUUGCAGUCAAAGAAAAUCUGGUCAGGAUGAUGCCAGGAAGGAUGGUUGGAGUGACCAGAGAUGCGGCUGGUAAAGAGGUUUAUCGUCUGGCUCUCCAGACAAGAGAGCAGCACAUCCGCAGGGACAAAGCCACCAGCAACAUCUGCACUGCCCAGGCUCUUCUUGCAAACAUGGCCUCCAUGUUUGCGUUGUAUCAUGGUCCUCAAGGAUUGAGGCACAUUGCAGAGAGAACCCACAAUGCAACGUUGAUUCUCGCUGAGGGCAAGUUGUUUGACUCCUGUUUACUUUUUUUUUUUUUUGACACGCUGAAGAUCAACUGUGGUGUGGCUGGCAAGGACAUCUUGGAAAAAGCUAUGCAGCGGGAGAUCAACCUACGGGUGUACAGUGAUGGACUGCUCGGAGUGUCUCUGGAUGAAACUGUCACUGAGAGAGACUUAGAUGAUCUGCUCUGGAUCUUCGGUUGCGAGUCCUCCGCUGAGCUUAUUGCUGAGAAAAUGAGUGAGCGAACAAAAGGACUGCUGGCAAGCCCUUUCAAGAGAACUAGCAAGUUUCUUACCCAUCCAGUGUUUAACAGUUAUCACUCAGAGACCAAUAUUGUACGUUACAUGAAGCGCCUGGAAAAUAAGGAUAUUUCCCUCGUACACAGUAUGAUUCCUUUGGGUUCAUGCACAAUGAAGCUGAACAGUUCCUCAGAGCUCAUGCCAAUCACCUGGAGAGAAUUUGCAAACAUCCACCCUUUCGUGCCACUGGAUCAGGCCGAAGGUUAUCAGCAGCUCUUCAGACAGCUAGAGAGAGACCUUUGUGAGAUUACAGGAUAUGAUAAGAUCUCCUUUCAACCAAAUAGUGGCGCGCAGGGGGAAUAUGCAGGCUUGGCUGCAAUCAAAGCCUAUCUAAAUUCCAAAGGAGAAUCUCACAGAACAGUUUGUCUGAUUCCCAAAUCUGCUCAUGGAACAAACCCUGCCAGCGCUCAGAUGGCAGGAAUGAAGGUUCAGGUGGUGGAGGUGGAUAAAGAUGGCAACAUCGAUGUGUCUCACCUUAAAGCCAUGGUGGACAAACAUAAGGCCAAUUUGGCUGCCAUUAUGAUCACAUACCCCUCCACUAACGGUGUGUUUGAGGAGAACGUGAGAGAAGUGUGUGAGCUCAUCCAUCAGAACGGCGGACAGGUAUACCUGGAUGGUGCCAACAUGAACGCACAGGUUGGAUUAUGUCGACCAGGAGACUAUGGCUCAGAUGUUUCUCACUUGAAUCUCCAUAAAACCUUCUGCAUUCCUCACGGUGGUGGUGGCCCUGGAAUGGGACCAAUAGGAGUGAAACUGCAUCUUGCCCCCUUCCUGCCCAGUCAUCCAGUGGUGAACAUGCAGUCCAGUAAUGCAGGAAGUUCUUUGGGCACCAUCAGUGCUGCUCCCUGGGGCUCCAGCGCCAUCCUGCCCAUCUCAUGGGCUUACAUUAAGAUGAUGGGUUCAAAGGGUCUUGUUCAUGCUACAGAGGUGGCCAUCCUUAAUGCCAAUUACAUGGCUAAAAGACUGGAAAACCACUACAAAAUUCUUUUCAGGGGCUCUAAAGGAUUCGUUGCUCAUGAGUUUAUUUUGGAUGUGCGGCCUUUUAAAAAGUCCGCAAACAUUGAGGCAGUUGAUGUAGCAAAACGACUGCAAGAUUAUGGUUUUCAUGCACCGACCAUGUCAUGGCCUGUGGCUGGAACUCUGAUGAUCGAACCCACAGAGUCUGAGGACAAGGCUGAGCUCGACCGCUUCUGUGACUCGUUGCUGGCCAUCCGACAGGAAAUCGCAGACAUCGAAGAGGGACGGAUGGACUCAAGGGUUAAUCCUCUCAAGAUGGCUCCUCACUCACUGGCCUGUAUUACUUCUACCACAUGGAACAGACCUUACUCCAGAGAGUAUGCUGCUUUCCCCGUGCCUUUCGUGAGACCCGAGACCAAGUUCUGGCCCACAAUUUCAAGGAUCGAUGACAUCUAUGGAGACCAACAUCUCGUCUGCACCUGUCCACCUAUGGACGUCUAUGAGUCUCCAUAUGAGGAAAGGGCUUCUUCGUGACCUCAUUACUCAAUGAAAUGCUAAUUCAUCCAAAUGAACCAUUCCCAUCAAAUAUGAUCAUUUAUUCCUCCCUGUGAUUACAGUCUCCUCGGUACGUUCAUGGAGCCUCAGAUUUCCUAUUGCAUACAAUGCACAAAUAGCUGACCUCUCCUCUGUUACUCUACUAAAACAAUCCAAAUCUGAUUCAGAUACUGUAAUCGACCUGUAUAGGGGUUUGUUUUUUGUUCUUACCCAAAUAUUUUUUUUAUACAGUGAAUAAAAAUGUGUUUUGGUCUGUUUGUAGGCAUAACUUA